UCUCUGGUUGCCCUGGCACUGCCAUUCUCUUUGAUUUCACCCCUGCUUCUCUUUCACCCAGGGACCGGAUUGCCCGGAUUGGGCUGGGAGUAAUCCUGAAUUUGACCAAGGAGCGAGACAGCCCCCAGGUGGCACGCAGCCUCUCGGGUAUCCUGGAGCACAUGUUCAAACACACUGAGGAGACCUGUUUCCAGCUCAUUUCUGACGGGGGCCUGGAUGCCAUCCUCUACUGGUGCCGCUGGACCGACCUCGUUGUACUGCGCCACUGUGCCAUGGCCCUGGCCAACUGCGCCAUGUACGGCGGGCAAGCCAACCAGCGGCUGAUGAUCGAGAAGAACACGGCAGAGUGGCUCUUCCCACUGGUGUUCUCCAAAGAUGACGAGCUGAUCCGCCUGCACGCAUGCCUGGCCAUCACAGUGCUGGCCACCAACAAAGAGAUCGAGAAAGAGGUGGAGCGGUCGGGGACCUUGGCGCUGGUGGAGCCCUUCAUUGCCUCUCUGGACCCGGAGCGGUUUGCAUGCGACUUGCUGGACAGCAGUGACAACAGUCAGGGAAGGACAGCAAAGGACCUGCAGCAUCUGGUGCCCUUGCUGGACAGCUCGCGGCUGGAGGCGCAGUGCAUCGCUCUCUUCUACCUGUGCGUAGAGGCAGCCAUCAAAGCCAGGCAGAAGAAAACCAAGAUUUUCAGUGAAAUUGGGGCUGCCCAGAGCCUGAAGAGGAUAGUGUGUUACUCCACCAACACCACCGCCUCGUCGCUGGCCAAGAAGGCGCUGCGCAUGAUGGGUGAGGAGGUGCCUCGACGGAUCCUGCCCACCGUCUCCAGCUGGAAACCCAUCGAGGUGCAGACGUGGCUGCAACAGACUGGAUUCAACAAAUACUGCCAGAGCUUCCUGGAGCAUGAGGUGGAUGGGGACUUGCUGCUGCGACUGACGGAGACGGAUCUGCGGGAAGAUCUGGGGAUGGCCUCUAGCAUCAUCCGGAAGAGGUUUUUCCGGGAGCUGACGGAGCUGAAGACAUAUGCAAAUUACUCCACCUGCGACCGCAGCAACCUGGCCGACUGGCUGGGCAGCGUUGACCCCAAGUUCCGCCAGUACACGUACAACCUGGUGACUUGUGGCAUCGACCGCAACUUCCUGCACCGUGUAACGGAGGAGCAGCUGCAGGAGGACUGCCACAUCGAUGUGGGCUUCCACCGCGUGCGCAUUCUCUCUGCCGCCAGGGAAAUGCUUCACUCUCCCCUGCCAUGCAGUGGCUGCAAAUCCACCUCCGAGGGGCCUGAUGUGUUUAUCAGCUACCGACGGAGCACUGGCUCCCAGCUGGCCAGCCUGCUGAAGGUCCAUCUGCAGCUGCAUGGCUUCAGCGUGUUCAUAGAUGUGGAGAAGCUGGAGGCGGGGAAGUUUGAGGACAAGUUGAUCCAGAGCGUGAUGAGCGCCCGCAACUUCGUGCUGGUUCUCUCGCCAAACACGCUGGAUAAGUGCAUGGGGGACCCUGACCGCAAGGACUGGGUGCACAAGGAGAUCGUGACGGCCCUGAGCUGUGGGAAGAACAUCAUCCCUGUGGCUGACCAUUUUGAGUGGCCUGAUCCCCAGGAUCUUCCCGAGGACAUGAGGGCUGUCCUGAAAUUUAACGGCAUCAAAUGGUCCCAUGAGUACCAGGAGGCCACAAUCGAGAAGAUUAUCCGCUUCCUCCAGGGCCGCUCAUCCCGGGAUUCUUCAGCUGGCUCAGAGAACAGCCUGGAGUGUGCAGCCCCUCUCGGGCAGACCUACAGCCAGGCAGGGCCGCCCCAUAUCCUCUAGGGCAGUGUUGUUCAACCAGGGACCGGCUUGCUGCUUUCCUACACUGCAUCAGGGAGAUCUCAGGGCGUGGCGCCGGUCCUCAGCCCGGCAGCUGAGAAACACGGUGCUAGGCACUUCCCAGAAGCGCUCUCCCCAAGUGGGGUUAAAUCCUUCCUGUUAGAGCUUCCUGCUUCCAGGGCUGCGCCCUGGGCCUACCCCUGAGGGACCUGGACCACUUCCCUGGCUCAGACAGUGCAAGAGGAAGGGCCCUUGGCUGGGGCAGCAGCCGAAUAUCAACUCUCUAAUUACCCUCCCAUCCUCGAAUCCAGCCCCAGCACCGAAAGGGAUGUUCUCCCCUUAAGAGCAAAGAACACUUCCUAUCUGCCUCCUACAGCCUGAGCCUGUGGGGGCCAGACAAGAGGGCCCGUCCCAAUGCCCCCGGGGCAGGGAGACAGCUGUUCCCCUUCCCUCGCCAUGAUGCCCACUCGUCUGACUCCCCCAGCCUGCAGAGAAAGUGAUGGAGAACGCAGACCCCACCCAGAAAUGUUUGCAGGAAGGAGGGGAGGGGGAGGAAGGGGCAGUUGAGAGGAAGUGGCCCAUGCAUAAGGCUACGAUUUAGUCACAGGUAUUUUUAGUGAGUCACGGACAGGUCAGAGACAAUAAAAGUCACGGCCAGUGAUCUGUCCGUGACUUUUAUUAAAAACACCCGUGCCUAAAUCUUAGGUGCUGAGGGGGGCAGGGGUGCUCUGGCAGUCGCUGCUGCUCCUGGGGGUGGGGUCAGCCUGGGGCCCCACCGCCGCUCCUCCGGGCAGUGCCUGGGACCAGUUGCCUGGGGUCGCCUGAGCAGCGACCAGCGUGGCUGGUCCUAGGGCCGCCCCAGCUGCUCGGGCGGCCCUGGGCUCAGCCGCACCAGCCGCUGCAGCUGCAGAAGUUACAGAGGUCCCAGAAAGUCAUGGACUCCAUCACCUCCGUGAAAGACUCGCACCCUUACCCACGAGCUGUGUAUUCACGAGGACUUCACAAGGGAGCAUCACGCAGCUGGCACAGGCUGCCAUGUGGACUCCAGCUCCUGCACUUACACGCCCUGCUGGGUGCCUGGGGACCAUUACCAAGGGCAGCAGCUCAGGGAGCGAGUGGCACCACAAAGUGCCAAUGGGCAGGAGAGGCCGAAUGAAAGCAAAGCCCUGGCGCAAUCCCCUUCUUUUAUGUCAGGUCCUUACAACCUGCCUAGGUGGAGACCUCCCCUCCCCCCAUCCCAAACAGCAGCUCCUGCCACCUCCUCAAGGCCUCUCUCCACACGCUGCCCAGCCUGGGGAGCCCUUUGCUUCUAGCUCAGGUAGAAAUCUUUCCCGGGGGCCUUUGCAAAGUGCAUCUUGUUUUUAAUCACCUGACGUCUCAGUUCUUGCCACUCUGGUGCCAUUGUAAAGCAUUGUCAGGCCCAUGUAUGCAGGGCACAAAGCAGCCCGGGGCCUGGAGCGCGCUGCUGGGCGCGGCGCGGCGUGGAAGGACGUUAGCUGCUGCAUUGUACCUGUGGGAUCAUUAUACACUGGCAAGGCACUGGGCUGUGGCUGUGUUUUAUUCCUGCCGGCUCUGCUCUUCAUCCCAGAUUGGUCCUGGCUCCUGCUCCGCUCAGAGGGAGGGGUCUGCGUGAGCUUCCCUCCAGCUUAGGCUUUGUU